AUGGCUACAGGUCGCCAAGAGACAAGCGACGCCAAGGACGCGAAGGACGCAACAGCUUCUAGGAGUGACGAAGAGCAGGAGUCCACCCGGGAUGCACGAAUAUUGGAAAACCUAGGCUACAAGCCGGUCUUGCACAGGACAUUCAACGCUUUUCACAACUUUUCGACAACAUUUGCUGCUCUCUAUUUCAUUGGCGGUGUCCGCGUGACCUUCUCUACGGGCAUAGCAGCAGGAGGCAAUCUUGCAUACUGGACGAGUUUUCUUGUGACUUGUGUCUUCACUUUCAUCACUGCUGCCGUAAUUGCAGAGAUCUGCUCUUCGCUCCCUCUCGCAGGAUCCAUCUACCUAUGGGCAGCUGAGGCUGGAGGGCCUCGUUAUGGCAGAUUUUUUGGCUUCAUCGUUGCAUGGUGGAGCACCACUGCCUGGACAACAUUCUGUGCGAUCUUCAAUCUUGACUUCCCCUCAGACAGUUCAAGCGUCAAGUUCCGAGCCGUCCAGUGGAUCGCUACAGAAGUGAUGCUCGCUUUGGCCGCCAUCUGGAAUCUCUUGCCUCCACGCUACUUCAAGUGGAUUUUCUACUUGUCUACCGCUUCUGUUUUGCUUGACUUCGUUCUGAACAUGAUCUGGUUGCCUGUCGCCACUAGCAAGAGCAUUUAUGGCUUCCGGUCCGCCCACGAUGCAUUUCUAACCACAUACAACGGAACAGGCGCUCCGGCUGGCUGGAACUGGUGUCUUUCGUAUCUUGCUACGGCUGGCAUUCUUAUUGGUUUCGACGCCUCCGGACACGUAGCCGAGGAGACCAAGAACGCCAGUGUUGCUGCUGCCAGGGGCAUUUUCUGGAGCACAGUCACCAGCGGUAUUGGUGGUUUCAUCGUCGUGAUACUGUUUUUGUUCUGCGUGCCCGACGCAGACACCCUUUUCUCUUUUGGCGGUGCUCAACCAUUCGUACCGUUGUACGCCGCUAUCCUUGGAGAAGGAGGGCACAUCUUCAUGAACAUCAUUUGCAUCGUUGCGCUCUGGUUUAACACCGCUAUUGCCGUCCUAGCUGCAUCGCGUCUGGUCUUUGCGGUGGCGCGUGAUGGCGUUCUGCCAUGGUCACCUUGGGUCUCUAAAGUUGUCGACGGCCAACCGCGCAACGCCGUUUUGGUUGUUUGGGGUGUGGCUUCUGUCAUCACCUGCACUAUUCUUCCGUCGUCUGUGGCCUUUACAUCCCUCGUAUCAGCAGCUGGAGUCCCUUCGGCCGCCGCUUACGGUCUCAUCUGCCUUUGCCGCUUGUUCUUGACACCGAAGAAAUUUCCAAAACCAGCAUGGAGCCUGGGACGUUUGAGUAAGCCCUUCCAAGCCAUUGCUGUUCUUUGGAAUGGUUGGGUUGUUGCUGUGCUGUUCUCGCCUUACGUUUUCCCCGUGGAAGCAUCGACGCUCAACUAUGCACCAGUGAUCAUGGGAAUCGUGACUAUAUUCGCUAUUCUUUCUUGGUGGUUCAUCCCAGCAGAACGAUGGCUUCCGUCCCAGCGUAUCCAGGAGACGUUGCUUGCUGGAGAAAGGGUCACUGAAGAGUAA